AUGAUCCUCCGACCUCCCCUGCUGCGCAACGCGCCGCUGCAGGAUGCCGCUCCCCUAUGCCUGCGAUGCCUGCGCCGCCUCGAACGAUCGCACCCGACGCCCGCCCGCCGCCUGCUGUCCACCUCGACCGCCGUGAGAGACGCCGCUAUCGCCCGCAACCCCCGCACCGCCUUCAAGAAGGAAUACUUUUGGGCCAAUGCCGUCCUGGACGACGUGCUACAGGGCGCACGACGCGGAGUUUGGAGCAAUGCCGUCUCCGGUCGCAAUGGCGCCAAAGAUGAUGCAGGUCCCGCACCGUCGACGCUCCACGACCAGCCCAAGAUCGCCCAGGUCGUCCACAACGAUGCCACCGCAGGCACCGAGCUCGUCAAUGAGCUUCCCCACCGCCGCCGGAAGCGCCUAAGAGAAGAGGCAAAGAAAGCAGCAGCAGCCUCCUCCUCCGAGACGGAGAUCCGGCCGGAUGCAUCAGCUACCCUCUCGACCAGUGCUCAAGCUCUCCCCGCGCAAUCGUUCCGCCGCCGCUUCCUGACCUACCUCGCCCUAACCAAACCGCGCCUCUCCUUCCUCAUUGUCCUGACCGCCACGGUGCCCUACGCCAUCUACCCCGUCCCCGCACUGCUGGCGCCGUCGGUGACGUCGACUCCGUCUCUCUCAACCCUCACGCUCCUCUUCCUCACGACGGGCACCGGCCUGGCGUCCGCCUCAGCCAAUGCCUUCAACAUGCUCUUCGAGCCAGCGCACGACGCCAAGAUGAGCCGCACCAAGAACCGGCCGCUGGUACGCGGUCUGAUCAGCAAGCGCGCGGCCCUCGUCUUCGCCAUCGCCACGGGCAUCACGGGCGUCGCGUCCCUCUACUACGGCGUCAACCCCACCGUCGCCUUCCUCGGCGGCCUCAACAUCUUCCUCUACGCCGGCUGCUACACGCCCAUGAAACGCGUCUCGGUGCUCAACACGUGGGUCGGCGCCGUCGUCGGCGGCAUCCCGCCGCUGAUGGGCUGGACCGCGGCCGCCGGGCAGUGCGCCACCGGCGACGGCACAUGGCAGGAUUUACUGUUUGGUCCUGGGAGUGCUGGUGGGUGGUUGCUCGGCGCGCUGCUGUUCGCGUGGCAGUUCCCCCAUUUCAACGCCCUCAGCUGGACGAUAAGAGAUGAAUACCGCAACGCGGGUUACCGUAUGCUCGCCUGGACUAAUCCGCGCCGCAACGGCCGCGUUGCGCUGCGCUACUCGCUGCUCAUGUUUCCCGUCUGCGUCGGGCUGGCGUAUGUUGGUGUUACGGAUUGGGGCUUCGUGGCGACGAGUUCGGCUAUUAAUGGCUGGAUGACGUACCAGGCUGCGCGCUUCUGGUGGCACGAGGGCGCGAAGGGUACCGCGAGGGGAUUGUUUUGGGCGAGUGUUUGGCAUCUGCCUAUCGUGCUGGUGCUGGCUAUGGCGCAUAAGAAGGGGUUGUGGCAGCGGGUUUGGCGGUCUGUUGUGGGGGAGGGGGUGGUGGAUGAGGAUGAGGAGGAGGAUGAUGGGUACUGGGAGGAUGAGGAGGAGGAGGAUACGCAGAAAGUGGCGGGUAAGCCUGUUGUGGGGGUUGCUGCGAGGUGA